AUGUCUGCUAAAACUUGCUGUGUUUGCGGAAAGAGCGCUUACCCAAUCGAAAGAACAACUGCUGGUGGAAAGGAUUACCACAUUGCUUGCUUCAAGUGCAAGACUUGUGGAUUGAAGUUGAACACUUCCAACUUCUUGUAUGAUCAUGACACUGAUGCCGUCUACUGCAAGAACCACGUCCCAAAGAAGACUUUCACCCAUGUCACCGAUUCCAUUGCUAUGAAGGCUGCCUUGAACGCCCCGAAAAAAGAAUGCGAGAACCUCGGAACCGUCCAAAAGGGACAAGGAAGUGGUAAACCACACGACGUAGUGUUCGGUGCUGGUGCUGAAGGUGCUGCUCCAGUCGAAGAGGCUGCUCCAGUUGAAGAAGCCGCAGUUGAAGAAGAAAAGAAAGAGGAAGAAGGAUACUAA